GUUACCCAAGAUUGGGUCGGCGAUGUCAAGUUGUCUUGUUGAAGCAUCCAAAUGUGUUGAGCCAAAAAACAUUGAAGUUAAACCAUGACAUACGCGGCUGUUUAGAUUUUAUAGCAACCCGAUCCUGCGAACCCUUGAUCAUCAACAUAUCAAUAAGUAAGGUCUUUCCUCCUAGAAACCUCAACUUUCAAAGAAGAAAAGGGAAACCAUGGAUGAGCUUGAAUUUCAACGGGUUCUUCAUCUCUUUCCUGUUGUCCGUACUCGCGAUUAUAAUGCUGAGUCGGAAAUACAAAGACAAUUAACUACUCAGGCAUCACGCAGGCUAAGAGAGCGGAUAAAUUCACAAAUUGAAGGAGGCUCGAGAGGAAGUGUUACUGGAGGUAUUGAUGGACAAGAUGCAUUUUGGGAGAAGCUAAAGGCUGCUGCUGCAAAUAAGGUCGGUAAUGCUGAUGCAGAGGAGUUCGUGAAGGCGUUCCAACAUGUGUACAGGAAACUUGUCUUUGAGGAGCUAAGUUUAACCGCUGCUCAACGCUUUGUUAAUUCGUCAUAAGAUUUCAGAUCAUUUGUUUUUCACUACUUUUGUUCUUUGUUCUUGAAAACUUGCUUUAUGUGUACUUGUGAGGUUAUAUUUCAUCAAGAUGAGCUGAUUGGUUCAGCUAAUAGUCUUUGAAGUUUAUCAUGGCUUUAUGUACCGUUCAUAACAUGUUUAUUUAAAUGGUCUCUGGUGGAAUAAAAGCUGCUUUCCC